GUGUAUUCUAUUAAUUAUUUGCUGGAAAACUAACACUCCCUGUGGUUUUUAUUGCAGCUGUCUGAGUGCCUGGGACACAGACAAUACCAGAUUGACCAGACCCCAGCACGAUGGCAACAAUCAAGGGAGUCUCGAGCUUCAGUGCUGAGCAAGAGGCACAGGCACUAAGGAAGGCCAUGAAGGGGCUUGGCACAGAUGAAGAUGCCAUCAUUGAGACCUUGACCAAACUGAACGUUUCCCAACGCCAGCAAGUUCUGAUCACCUAUAAAAGCACUAUUGGCAGGGAUUUGAUUGAUGACUUGAAGUCUGAGUUGAGUGGGAAUUUUGAAAAGGUGAUUGUUGGUUUGAUGACUCCAACCACCUUGUACGACGUGCAUGAGCUGAGGAGGGCUCUAAAGGGAGCAGGAACAGAUGAAGGCUGCCUGAUUGAAAUCCUGGCCUCUCGCAGCAACGGGGAGAUUCGGCACAUCGUGGAGAGCUACAAACUGCUGGAUGGUUGCUCAUCUCAAAAGCAAGAACAAAUCACACCUAAGCCAUGUUUUGCUGUAUUUCUUUUCCUCCUUGUCUUUCCCCAGGGUAACAGAGAUGAGGGAACAUUUGUGGAUGAGGCCCUUGCUCAACAGGAUGCUCAGAGCCUGUAUGAAGCUGGGGAGAAGAGAUGGGGAACAGAUGAGGUGCAGUUCAUGUCCAUCCUCUGCACACGGAACAGGUGCCACCUGCUGAGAGUUUUUGAUGUGUACAGAGGGAUUGCUAAUAAGGACAUCACAGAGAGCAUCAAAUCCGAGAUGUCAGGAGACCUCGAGGAUGCUUUGUUAGCUGUGGUGAAGUGCGUGCGGAAUAAACCUGCGUAUUUUGCUGAAAGAUUGUACAAAUCCAUGAAGGGCCUGGGCACAGAUGACAGCACCCUGAUCCGGGUGAUGGUGUCCCGCUCCGAGGUGGACAUGCUCCACAUCCGCAGGGAGUUCCUGGCCAUGUACGGGAAAUCCCUCCACUCCUUCAUCAAGGGAGAUUGCUCAGGAGACUACAGGAAAGUUCUGCUCAGACUCUGUGGUGGGGAGGAUUAAAGGAGGCCUAGGGGACUGUCUGGGUGAUGGGAAGCAGCUGAUCAUAGAAUUGUUUAGGUUGGCAAAGAUCUUUAAGGUCAUCCAGCCCAAUAAUUAUUUCUUUCAUGUAAUUUUUUUCCCAAAUAUCUUAUCAAUUGCUCUGAUUUUUGCCUUAGGUUAGUUCAUGCUCUGGUUGAUAAUGGCCAUUCUGGUUGACCAUGGCCAAUCUGCUUUUAUGCUUGGCACACCCAUUUGCCUACUCAUUGGGCUGGUAAAGCCCAGCUUAAACAGAAUGCUGUAACCAAAGAUAUAAAAGUUAAAUUGUUUCCUGACCAGAUGCCCCUUUGCUGUUGUGUUCACCAGCAACACUUGUAACUGAAGCAAACCUGGAUGCAGAGUGUGAGAGGCUGCCCAGGGAAAAUCUAACCCAUCAGUACCUGGAGUGCAGAACACGGGCUUGCUUCAGUUUUUCGAGAUAAUUAGGACACAAAGAACCCAAAUAUCUAAAAUACAAGCAUGUUUACAUCUUAACUGGCCCUCUGUUAGUGUGGAGCAUUAACAGCCUGGCUGCAGGGUAUGUAUAUGUUGCCAAGAGAUCUGUUCAUGGGGAAGAUGUCACUGGUGACAUCAGAAAAGCCUCUUGCUGCCCUGGUUAGAGCAGCCCCGUGUUCUUGGUCUGCCUUCUUCACUCAUGGGAGUAUAAAUAAUAAUGGUUAUGUUACAAACCCUCCUCUGGAUAAAGUGAUACCAUUGGAAUGGUGCCUUUUAGGGAAUGACCUGUCCCCAAAAUCCCACCUCAUGGCCUGGUGCUGGGGCAGCUCCUCAGACCUCCCUGGGGCAGCUCUGUCCAAAUCUCCCUGAGGCUGCUCCCCAGAUGUCCCAGGGGCAGCUCCCCAGUGUCCCUGGGACAUCCCCCCAGACUCCCCCACGUGCCAGCCCCAUGUCACAGGAUCAUGGAGGUGUUUGUGCCUGGGUCUCUCCUGGGUUUCCACACCAACCUCUGACAAAGCUAUUUUCCCCAGACCCUCCACACCUGCCUGUUCACCUGAGCUCUGUUUUACUACAAAGAUGGGGUCUUUCUUUGGCUUAGCAACUUAUUUUUUUCUGCUGGUGAAUAAUCCUGUUCUGAAGGAUCAGACUGAGGCUGGAAUGUCACAGCUGAAACACUGAGGUGGCUGCACCCAAUUCCAUCACUCAUUUCUGAAAUAGGCUGCUGCUGGCUGGAAUAGGAGAUGCCUCUGUGGCCUUCAAUAAAAUAAUUUUCUUUCUCACUCCUUGGGCUGCCAGUGGAGACACAUUCCUGACUUUUGCUGGGAGAGGAGGCAGAGCUUUAUCCAGUUCUCCCAAGGCCUCUGCUCAGGACAGGGAAAGGUCUGUGCCCAGCACAGGGGCUGCCAGAGCUGCUCGGGCAGGGGGUGGGUUCCAGUGCCUUGUGUCAGGUUGCUGAGCUUUGAAAAACGAAUAAAGAAUUUGUUUCUGUACUUCC